AUGGGAGAGCAGCUCCGCGCCCAAUCCGCCGCCCCGGCGGGGCCGCCUCCGCCCGCCGCCGCCUCCUGCUCGCUGCUCGGCGGGCUGCUGCAGAACGGCUUCCACCCCUCGAGCCAGCCGCUGAGCAACGGCGGCUGCGGGGAGGCGUCGCACCCGCUGCUGCUCCGCACGGAGCUGCCGCCGCUCAGCCACGGCUCCCCGGCCAAGAAAUGCAGGCUGCGCCGGAGGAUGGACUCGGGGCGGCGGCACAGGCCACCGUUUCCAUGGUUUGGAAUGGAUAUCGGUGGAACAUUGGUUAAACUGGUCUACUUUGAACCUAAGGACAUUACUGCAGAAGAGGAACAGGAGGAGGUGGAAAACCUGAAAAGCAUUAGGAAAUACUUGACCUCCAAUACAGCCUAUGGUAAAACUGGCAUUCGUGAUGUCCAUCUUGAACUGAAAAAUUUGACUAUGUGUGGACGCAAAGGAAACCUGCACUUCAUCCGCUUUCCCAGCUGUGCCAUGCACAGGUUCAUACAGAUGGGUAGUGAAAAGAACUUCUCCAGUUUGCACACUACGCUCUGUGCCACAGGAGGUGGAGCUUACAAGUUUGAGGAGGACUUUAGAACGAUUGCUGAUCUACAACUCCAUAAACUGGAUGAAUUGGACUGUUUGAUCCAGGGCCUCCUUUAUGUUGAUUCUGUUGGUUUCAAUGGCCAACCAGAGUGUUACUAUUUUGAAAAUCCUACAGAUCCUGAACAGUGCCAGAAAAAGCCUUACUGCCUUGAUAAUCCAUAUCCUAUGCUGCUGGUUAACAUAGGCUCAGGGGUCAGCAUCCUAGCUGUGUAUUCUAAGGACAACUAUAAGAGAGUCACAGGAUCCAGUCUUGGAGGAGGAACGUUCCUGGGCCUAUGCUGUCUGCUGACUGGCUGUGAGACGUUUGAAGAAGCUCUAGAAAUGGCCGCAAAAGGAGACAGCACCAAUGUGGAUAAGCUGGUGAAAGAUAUUUACGGAGGAGACUAUGAGCGCUUUGGCCUUCAAGGGUCUGCUGUAGCCUCAAGCUUUGGCCAUAUGAUGAGUAAAGAAAAGAGAGAUUCCAUCAGUAAAGAGGACUUGGCCAGAGCUACUUUGGUCACCAUCACCAACAACAUAGGUUCUAUUGCUCGCAUGUGUGCAUUGAAUGAGAAUAUCGACAAGGUGGUAUUUGUUGGCAACUUUCUCAGAAUUAAUAUGAUUUCUAUGAAGGUGCUAGCAUAUGCUAUGGAUUAUUGGUCCAAGGGACAGCUGAAAGCUCUGUUUUUGGAACAUGAGGGUUAUUUUGGAGCUGUUGGUGCUCUUCUAGAAUUGCUUAAAAUGACAGAUGAUCAGUGAUGAAGCUGUCUGAAGAGAUUCCUACUGGAGAUGCUGCUGGAUAAGAGUGAAAGCCACUACAAGGAUGGAAAUGAAGCCAUUAUGGUAGUUUUACCUGCUGGAUUUGUAAAUAAUGUAAAAUCCUUUUAGCUGAUCUUUAACUUCUGGGUUUUGAGCUUAUACUUCAGAAUUCAUACUGGGAAUAGCAAGAUUUUUUUUUUCUGUACACUGUAUUUUUUAAGGGAAAAAUGUGCAAAGUGGCCAAACACACAGAUUUUAUGGAUUUAUUUUAAAAAGUGGAUACUGUUUAAUGUAGGACCUGUGAUAUGAGGCAUCUGCUUUUCUUCUGGGGUUUACUGAUUAGUGUGGUAAUUUUAACUUCAUUUAGUAAUCACUCUAGGAGAUUUUUUAUCUUAUUUUCAUGACGUUUCAUGAUUUGUUCUUGGUUUCAAAUGAAACUACAAAGCUGAUGCAUUUUACUGUGAAAACUAGUCACUGAUUUUUU